GACAAGCUAUAUGACGUGUCCCUCGACCUCGAGAGCCGCGACAGCUUGGAGCACGACGACGCCUCGCCACCUCCAUUCCAUCCUCCUCCUUGCGACCAUGGCCUCGCCGGACGCAGAAGAGGAGUGGGCGGCCGUGGAGCGGCGAGGUGCGCACCUGGUGACGGCGACGGCGGCCGGGGAGGAGAUCCCAUUCAUCAUCCACGGCUUCAACACCUACUGGCUCAUGUCCUUCGCGGCCGACGACGCCACGCGGCCGCGGGUGACGGCGGCCAUCGCCGAGGCAGCCGCCGCCGGGCUCAACGUGUGCCGCACCUGGGCCUUCGCCGACGGCGGGUACCGCGCGCUGCAGACGGCCCCGUUCUGCUACGACGAGGAGGUGUUCCAGGCAUUAGAUUUCGUUGUCAGCGAGGCGAGAAGGCAUAAGAUGCGGUUGAUACUGUCACUGUGCAAUAACUGGGAAGACUAUGGUGGGAAGGCGCAGUAUGUAAGAUGGGGCAAUGAGGCUGCUGGACUAGAUCUUACUUCUGACGACGAAUUCUUCUCUGAUCCGACUAUUAAGAGUUACUACAAGGCCUUUGUUGAGGCUGUCCUAACAAGGAUAAACACAAUCACAAAUGUGGCCUACAAAGAUGAUCCUACUAUUCUUGCCUGGGAGCUGAUUAACGAGCCACGCUGCUCUUCAGAUCCAUCAGGCGAUACGCUGCAGACAUGGAUAGAAGAGAUGGCAUCUUAUGUGAAAUCUAUAGAUCCUGUGCACCUCCUGGAGAUUGGUGUUGAAGGGUUCUAUGGUCCGUCCACUCCAGAACUUUUGGGCAUUAACCCAGAUGAUUAUUCGGGGAAUGCUGGAACAGAUUUCAUAAGGAACCAUCAAGCAAUGGGUAUCGAUUUGGCUUCUGUUCAUAUUUAUUCCGACACUUGGUUGCCUGACUCAAAAGAAGAAAAUCACCUUGAAUUUGUGAAUUCUUGGAUGCAACAACAUAUCGACGAUGCAGCCAAUUUGCUAGGGAUGCCUAUUAUGAUCGGCGAAUUUGGGUUAUCACUUAAGGAUGGCAAGUUUGAUAGUGGGUUCCGUGAAACUUUCAUGGAGACAGUUUACAACAAUUUCUUGAGCUCUUGGGAGGGAGGAGUGAUUGGAGGGGGCUGCCUUCUUUGGCAGCUCUUCCCUGAAGGUGCAGAGCACAUGGAUGAUGGUUAUGCAGUUUUUAUUGCAAAAUCACCAGCCACGUUGAAUGUACUUGAAAAUCAUUCAAGGAGGCUGGACAGCUGAGAGUAUGCUGCUUCCCUACUUCGUCUAUGAUGCAGUCGAUGUUACAAGGGUUUUCAACCAGGAAGUCUUCCUGUAAAGUUCAAUGUUUAAUGGUGUAACACGUAAGACCCUAACAUUCAUAUGUAGGGCACGGAAUAAUAUAUGUCAUGAAAAAAAGCCAAGAUCCAAUCGUGAAAUGAAAUAUAUCAUUCUUGGAUCAUGUAUUUACCUUUACAUAUUUGUUGGGUCUUAUGCUUCUGUGAGUAAACUUCUUGAUGAUAACUCAUAAAUGGUAUAACUGUUUACUGUAUGCCACUAGUUGGUUGUCUAGCAUUAAUUUACAUUUUAAAUUUUGUCCAUUAGUUCUUUCAUGUAGCUAUUGGCUUACUAUUAUCAAAUAAAUUUGAAAAGAAUAUGCUGCUUA